AUGAUUUUUAAUCGAAGAAUCUGGAAAUUCGCAUUUCAUCCAACACCUCGAUAUUGUUUCUUUUAACCUCCACAAUUUGAUGUUAAUAAAGACUACUACAAAAUCCUAAAUAGUUCACCUACAGAUCCUGAACAAAAAAUAAAACAAGAAUAUUAUAAAUUAGCUAAACAAUAUCACCCUGACAUCAAUAAAGGAAAUGAAGAGAAAUUUAAAUAAAUAAAUGAAGCUUGGGAUGUACUUAAUCUCAUUUAUUUUAGGUUUUAUCUGAUAAGCAUAAAAAAUAAUAAUACGAUUCAGCCAGAUCCUAUAGCAAUAACACUAAUGAAACUAGUUAAAGAAAUGCUAAUGAGCAUGGAUAACAAUACAACUAUGAAGAAUUUAUUAGGAAAUAAGGUCCAAAUGGGUUUUAUCAACAAUAUUCAUAUAGAAGUAAUCACUUAAAAUUUAUUUAAGGUAGUAGUAAUUCCUAACAAUUUUCAAAAGAAUAAAUGGAAGAAAUGCAAAAGUAAGCUUAAGAAUUUAUGAAUAUGUUUUAAAAUGGUCAAUUUAGUUAGUUCUCUUAAGCAUUUCGAUAAGCCACAAAAGGAGAUCCUAAAUUUAAUAGGGUUCAUACAUUUAUGAAUUUUGCUGAAAUGGCUGGAAAAUUCUAUCAGGAUAGACAGAGAUAACAAGUGGAAAAUGAAAUAAAAAGAUAACAAAAUGUUUAAUCUUUUGCAAAUAAAGAAGAGAAGCUUAAAGAAUCCUUUUAAAACAUAAAAAGCGGAAUUAAAGGUUUAUGGGAUUAAUUUACUAAAAAAUGA